GGGAGCGCGACAUGGCGGAUUUCCGCGUCUCUCCCCAGGACAGGCAUUGGGGGGGGGGGUGAAAUCUCCUCUGCUCCCCCCCCCCCCCAAAACUGGCAACAACCUUCUCCCCUUUUCUCUGCCUGUGCGAUGUGGAGAGCAAACCCGUGUAAACUCCCUGUUUCCUCUCCGAUUAUUGACUAAUUCUCGCUCCUCCUCCGAUUUUUCCCCAUGUUCUCUCCACUGUCAAUUUAAAAUCGCCUCGGAUUUGGGGUGUUUUCCCACCCGUUUUAUCUGCCGCAGUUUCUCGUGGUUUAGGUGGGGAAUUGUUGCCCUGAGCCGUUGUGGGGUGGCUGCUGGAGAGCGGGUGGGGUAACGCCGCGGUUACAGGUGUCAGAGGAGCAGCCGUGUUAGUCUGUAUCCGCAAAAAGGACAGGAGGACUUGUGGCACCUUAGAGACUAACCCAUUUAUUAGAGCAUAAGCUUUCGUGAGCUACAGCUCACUUCAUCGGAUGCAUGCCAUGUUUACACUUACACUGUGUUAACCUCAGUACAUUGACCCUGGCUCAACAUUGCUUGGGGAGCUGGUGUUACCGCGUUGGCAUAAUGGACCGUUUACAUUGGUGGGAGACUAAUUUAAGUGCAGAGACGUGCAAGUAAGUGCAUGCAAUGCAGCUACACUUGCAAUGCAGUGUAGACCAGGUCUUUGUAGUGUAGACCAGGCCUGUGAGGGUUUAAUCCUGGUGGAAAGACCUGCCUCUAAUAGUCACUGUUUUGCUGUGUGACAGAGCCUAGAAUGUCAGUUUCCAGGGCAAAAGUCUGGUGGGGGGGACUCUGUGUGUGAAAUGGACAAAAGCCCCUUCUGAAAACUCUCCAAUUGCUCUUUUUGCCCCGACAGACUACAGAAUAACGUCAAUGUUUUGCUCCGGAUCGUCCCACUGUUGCACAGGAAAGGCAAUGGCUGCAGCAGAGUUAUCUGAGGGGGCGGUCACCUUUAAGGAGGUGGCUGUGUAUUUCACCAAGGAAGAGUGGGCUCUGCUGGACCCCGCUCAGAGAGCUCUCUACAGAGACGUCAUGCAGGAGAACUAUGAGUCUGUGGCCUCACUGGGAUUUCCAGUUUCCAAACCUAAUGUGAUCUCCUGCCUAGAACGAGGGGAGGAGCCAUGGGUCCCAGACCUCCAGGACUCUGAGGAAAAAGAGACGCUGAGAGAUGCCUGCACAGCAGGUGAUGGGAUGGUGAAUGUGGAGGAGAAUCCUCAACAAGACGAUGCUGAGCAAGCAGAAGCACAUGAGACGUUAUCGGAAAGAUCCAAAGGGAAUGUUUCCUCGAAUUGUGCGCAGGCAAAUGCCUGUGAGAGUCAGCACAGACCAGAAGAAAAGUUCAGUAGAGGCUCAGACCUUAUUAGACAUGAGAGAAUCAACACCGGAGGAACACCCUACAUCUGCCUGGAGUGUGGGAAAACCUUCAAACAUAACUCACUCCUCAUCAGACAUCGGAGAAUCCACACUGGAGAGAGACCAUACACGUGCCCCGAGUGUGGGAAAAGCUUCAGUCGCAGCUCAAACCUUGUCACACAUCAGAGAAUCCACACAGGGGAGAAACCCUACACUUGCCAUGAGUGUGGGAAAAGCUUUAGUUGGAGCUCAGAGCUUAGGAUACAUAGGAGAAUCCACACAGGAGAAAGGCCCUACAUUUGCUGUGAGUGUGGGAAAAGCUUCAUUCGGAGCUAUUUGCUUAAAAAGCACCAGAGAAUCCACACGGGAGCGAGACCCUACAGAUGUACUGAGUGUGGGAAAGAUUUCAUUUAUAGCUCACAGCUUGUCACACAUCAGAGAAUCCACACAGGAGAGAGACCCUACUCAUGCCCUGAGUGCGGGAAAGGCUUCACUUCUAGCUCACACCUUGUCACACAUCGGAGAAUCCACACAGGAGAGAGACCCUACUCAUGCCCUGAGUGCGGGAAAGGCUUCACUUCUAGCUCACAGCUUGUCUCACAUGGGAGAAUCCACACAGGGAAGAAACCCUAUACUUGCCAGGAGUGUGGGAAAAACUUCAGGUGGAGCUCACAUCUUAUCAUACAUAGGAAAAUCCACACAGGAGAAAGACCCUACACUUGCUGUGAGUGUGGGAAAAGCUUCAUUCAGAGCUCAUUGCUUAAUAAGCACCAGAGAAUCCACUCUGGAGAGGGACCCUACAGAUGUACUGAGUGUGGGAAAGACUUCAUUUAUAGCUCACAGCUUGUCACACAUCAGAGAAUCCACACUGGAGAGAGACCAUACACAUGUCCUGAGUGUGGGAAAAGCUUCACUCGGAGCUUCAGCCUUAACAUUCAUCAUAGAAUCCACACAGGUGAGAAACCCUAUACUUGCCAUGAGUGUGGGAAAAGCUUCAUUCAGCGCUCAGAGCUUAAUAAGCACCAGAGAGUCCACACUGGAGAGAGACCCUACAGAUGCCCUGAGUGCGGGAAAGACUUCAUUUAUAGCUCACAGCUUGUCACGCAUCGGAGAAUCCACACUGGAGAGAGACCCUAUUCAUGCCCUGUGUGUGGGAAAAGCUUCAGUGGUAGUUCACAAAUGAUCACACAUCAGAGAAGCCAUGUAGGAGAGGCACCCUACACAUGUCCUGAGUGUGGGAAAAGCUUCAGUUGGCACUCAAACCUUAUCACACAUCAGAGAAUCCACACGGGAGAGAAACCCUACACUUGCCAUGAGUGUGGGAAAAGCUUCAAUCAGAGCUCAAACCUUACCACGCAUCGCAGAAUCCACACAGGGAAGACACCCUAUAGCUGCCCUGAGUGUGGGGAAAGCUUCAGUCGGAGGUCAGAGCUUGUCUCACAUCAAAAAAUUCACACAGGAGAGAAACCCUAAUCUUGCCCUGUGUGUGGGAAAGGCUUCAGUCGUAGUUCACAGAUUAUCACACAUCAGAGAAUCAACACAGGAGAAUAACACUACUUGUAUUCAGUAGGGCUGCCCAAAGAUUUUUUGUUUCUGUUUUGUUGUGGGGUUUUUUUUUGUUUUGUUUUUGUGUUGUUUUUGUAAUGCAUUGGCUAAUUCCCACAUAGUGAUCUUUUAAGGUUGAUUGCACCAUUUCCUUUACUGUAGUCUCUCAGCGCCUUCUACCUUUUGAAGUUCACCAUACUUUGGGGUGAAUCCUGUGAUCCUUUCUUUCAACUCUUUAGCCUUAUGAGUUCUGGGAGUGUGUGUCCCUCCUGGCAGAAAUGUCCAUCAGUCCGAGCUGGGAGAGAGGGUUGACCUCAUCUAGCUACAGUGAGAUAAAAACUAUCUGUGCCUUGUGUCCACUAGAACUGUACAUUGAGCAGGCCAUGUUUACAUUACCACUUAUAUCGGCAAAACUUACGUCGCUCAGGGAUGUGAAAAAAACACACACCCCGCGUAACAUAAGUUUUGCUGGCAUAAUUGGCAGCGUGCACGGCGCUGUGUCAGCGGAAGAGCUUCUCCUGCCGACAUAGCAACCGCCGCUCGUUGGGGGUGGUUUAAUUAUGUCGACAGGAGAGCUCUAUCCCACCAGCAUAGAGCGACUUCAGAAGAGAUCUUACACCAGUGCGGCUGCAUCAGUACCGCUGUGCUGCUGUAAGGACUCUAAUGUAGACAUGGCCUAAGUUGCUCAAUCUCAACUAUCUUUUCAAGGCAGACAUAACCCAGGUGCAGUGGUUGUAGUUAGCUUUCCCAUUGUGCUGACCUGAUCUCUAUCACUCUUCCUAGUCUGGAGAAACCCUGAGCAUCACAUUGCAAAGUGAAUGUUAGUCAUUAGAUUUCCUGAUUGGGAUGAGACUCUCAUUCCCAGUUGUUCUGACAUUGCUCAUGGCUGUGCUGAAUAGCAGGUAGUUUUUCUACCUCUUUUCUGAUUUAGAAUAUAGUGAGAUGCAAUAAAAAGGCAGGAGGAAAGGUAGAAAAAAAGGAUCAUUUCAGCGUCUGGGAUAUCCAAAGGAGAUGGUGUGAGUCAGAAUAAUUCCUUUCAAAUCACCAUCAUGAAUCUCCUGCCACUCCGACAGCACUGGCUUCUGAGUGAGCCACAAUAGCGUCUCCUCCCCAUGUUCUAUCCCUCCAGCUCCCAAAGUGUCACAUGAAGCAGUGUUCUCAGCUCUCUGUGCUUAGGUACCAUGCUUUGAUCCUAAAUCAGACUCAUUAAGGUUGGAAAUGAGUGUCACAGGCCUAGAGGGGGAAUUUGAAUGGAUCCCAGACAGAUUAACCUUUCAGUGCUUUAAUCCCUAUUUCUGUGUAUUGGCAAAAUUGGUUUUUGGAUUUUUCCAGCUGAACUGGGAUUGUUUCCAGAUGGGAAGAUUAGCUGAUUUUCCCCAUUAUGAUGAUGCUAAAACCUUUGUAACUAACAUGACUGAAUAGUAAUGAGGUGGUGCUGAGUGAAGAAGGUUUGAAUGGAUCAGAGGACAGCAUACUAGGAAAAUCUGUUCUAAUUUGGCGUCAUGAGACGUAAAAUGCUCUGGAAUUCCAUUUUAUAUGAUACUGAAACUGUCUUAUUCGCUUGUGUGUUGUGGGUUUUUCUCUCUUUCCUGAGGGCAUUUGAUAACAUAACUGAAUAUUCGUUUUUAUGAUAGGAUGAAGUUCAGUUUUUUGGUAGAGUUUGAGACAAAUGACCAUUUACUAAAACAACAAUUUCUUUUUGUGCGUGUCUUUUUUCCACUCCUCCAUUAUGACAUGGAGGAAGUCCAAGAGCAGUUCAGUCGUCAGGAACGAAUACUCAAAGCUAUUGGAAGUGCUACCAGAGAAACAGUUGCAUUUUAAAAUUGUACAUCUAACUUAGGAACGGAAUUGAACAACACUGUGAUCGUAUAAUUUGGAUCAAUAUUGUCUCAUGUUUCAAGCACAAUAUUCCACAGUAAGUGACUCGUAAGUCAGCAAAAUGCCCAUAUAUUUGGGUCGCAAGGCAAUUGUGGCCCAGGCCUACCAGGAAGUUACUUCUAAAGAGCUCUCUUUUGUAAUCAAGUGCACAAUGCGUAUUAUUUCAGAACACAGUUCCUACCUAAGCAGAGAUGUAGAAAAUGGAAGUGGCAUUUUUGCUGAGUUUACACCUUAUAGAUGCUGCAAAUGUGUAUAAAAUAAAAUCCAUUGUGAGUGUGAGAGAGCUGCAGCAGUCGAUCUAUUUUUAAUAGAUACCCCACCUUUGGUAACUUACACGGCUUGUGAACCAGGCCCAUUUCUGUGCCACCAGAUUAAUAAAUAAACUGGGCAUGCUUGGUUGGGGAAGUGAUUCCUCACUCUGCGACUACUGAGAUUUUCUGUGAUGUGAUAAAGGAUUCGACUCUAGAGAAGUAAAGUUACUCUGAGCAUGUCCAGAAUUAGCCUAGAGCUCAAGUAGAAAUAAUAAGCACCCAGUGGUUGAUUUUUACCCCAGAGAUGGAAACUAGGGUAACUUUAGGCCCAGGUAAACUAUUUAUAUAUAGAACACUACCUCUUAGUUCAGUGGCAAUGAUUAUGGUUCAAACGAUGCUGUGGUAAGAUAUGGGGGAGUUGUCCUUUACCAUUUGGAUCCAAAGUUUUAUGAGCUAAAGAAAGAAACAGUUGAUGCCUUCAGAGGACAGUCCUUCCCUAUGGAUCCCAGUCUGGCUGUCUUGUUGGAGAAGAAGCACUUCCAUGCUGUGCAAGUGAUGAUAACCAAUGAGGGAAUGAAUAUCAGACUCCCAAGCUCAGUCUGCGGGAUUGAGUCCUGAUUCUAUGGAUCUCUCUCUCAGUUUUGCUCAUAUGUUUUAUGAAUUUGAAUCACUUCUCCACCUCCUGCUACUCUGAAAGAUUAGAAAUUGUGAAAAUAGAAUACAAGUGCUUUUUUCUCAUGAUGAGAACACAUUUGAGAUGACGUCCACCAACACUUAUGACCAAAGACCCAGAGAGAAAUGAGCUCCCAGAAAUAGAAGGCACCUAUGUUAGUAUAGAACACAACUUUACACAAAGCUCACUUGGUGGAAAAUGUGAUUAAGAGAAAACCAACACACAUGAUAAAAUUGUGAAGCCUUCAAAUAUGUUGUUUCCAGUGAAAAUGGAAUUAAACAUAAAAGUUUAUUGCAGAAUAAAAGAGUGAUUAUGUGAUAACUGAAUUACUUUGUAACACUGAAAGUUUUCUGGUUUCAGAAAAGAAUUAGAUAAGUUUAUGUAGUAUAGGUCCAUGAAUGACUACUAGCCAAGAUGGCUAAGCCUCUGACUGCCAGAUGCUAGGAAAGAAUGACACAGGAUGGAUCACUCACUAAUUGACCUGUUCGUUCCCCCUGAAGCAUCUGGCAUUGGCCACUGUCAGAAGACAGGAUACUGCGCUAGAUGAACCAAUGGUCUAACCCAACAUGGCCAUUCUUAUGUUUCUGUCCCCUACCUCCCCCCAAGUAGUAUAUGAGUUUAGUUGAUGUAAUUUACCCUCUUUGGAUUAAGGAGUUCUAAAGUAAAACCUCCCUCAAAAGGGGUUGGUGUAUGAUAGUAUGUAGGAGAAAUAGUGUAUAUCAAAAUAAAAACCUAGUAUAGACUUUAAUUAUUUCAAAUGGAAUUUUUUGAUAAGCUUUGAAAAUAAUGUUUCUGUUCAGGAAAAAAUUACAUAAGGAGACAUGUUGUGUAACCUUUUACACAGUUAUACUGUAACAGCUGAUGUGUUCCCUGGUUCUCUUGUUUGCAAACCAAAGAUGUUAUGCCAUCUGUCAGGAGGUGUCUUAAUUUAAAAUGGUGAUGGGUACAAGAUAGCAGCUUUUCUGUUUAAGUUUUUUGUUUUGUCAUAGGUGCCAACGCCCUUUUCAGUUUGAGGAGGCCAGCUAUUAGAGCCCGUCCAUUUAACCCUCAGACUAGGCUAUGGAAACUUCUUCAGAACUUUUGUUUUUCAUUUUUGAUAUAUUUGGGGUCCUCACAUCCAUGCUGCAUGUGGUUUUCUACAAUGAGUAAGAAAACUUCUAGGUGAAGUGAGACUUUAGCAAAGUGACUUUGGC